AUGGGUGUAGUCCCUGCGGGUACAUCUAACAUCAGUGAAGAAAACGAAGAUAAUCUGACAGUGUAUUUUGUGCAAUGUUCACACUCCAUGGUUGUUUAUAGAGGGCGGACUCCAUUAAUUUGUAAUGAUAUAGGGGAAGUAGCAACACGUGUUGUUGCUAUAAAGUGCUUAUCAAAGAACGUGGCUGACAACAAACUUGCUCCUAGGAAACGGUGGCACAUUGUUUUAACCGUACAAUGUUUGUAUAUCUUUCCUUGUCGCCUUCAGCUGUUGAAAGUAAUAUGUAAACGUGUUGAUUAUUUUUCCGUGUUGAGUUCUGUGGUGAGUGUUAAACUAACAUCAUUGCAGCAUAUGUUAUUACGUUUAUGUACAUUUCAGUUUUUAUUGUUCAUAUUUUGUUUACAUGAUAGGAUAAAACGUUCAGAUUAUUUUCUUCGUUUAUCUUUGUUAUUCAAGAUUUUAUUUAACGUUGUUGUUGCAUGCUCGGAAAAGAAUGAAACAAGAGGAAAGAUAUUUUUUGUGUUAAAAGUGGAGUUGCGAACUUGGAUUAUUUCAGUGGAGUAUAUUUUGUUGUUGUUGAGAAAAGAAAAGAACUGUUUAAUAUAUAUAAAUAGCAACAUGUAUCUGUUUGGAUUAGUAUUAAUAUUUAUUUGUAUGAUGUCAUUGGUCAAUUCUUGUUUGCCUGGCCAGGAAGAGUUAAAUGGAACCUGCCAAAAAUGUAAUGUAAACUACUUCAGUAAAGAUGGAGUGAAAUGCGUCAGAUGUACCGACUGUUUUGCAGGUCAGCGUCUGCAGCACGAUUGUGCUGCAGACGCUGACCGAUACUGCGUGUGUCAGGGUGGAACCUACUUGCGCAAGUCAAUGUGUCGCAAGUGUACAGUGUGCCAUCCUGGUUAUUACGUCACACACGAAUGCGGUUAUAACAAGGAUCGUACGUGUAAGAUAUGUCCUCAGGGCCUCACAACAAACGGUACCAACGACAAAACAUGUACUGUGUAUCAACCAACAAAAGAACCGUUUCCUGAUAAAGAACCUAAAAAGAUAACAAUUAACAGCGUAAUCAUUGGAACAAGCGCUUCUUCAAUCUUUUUUAUCCUAAUAAUUUUUGCAUGCAUCUGUUUUUGCUACCGCAGAAAGCGCGCGAGAAAUGCAAGAAGACGUCGAGGAGCUUUGCCGACAGAGGAACACAUGAAGGAGGGUGACAUUGAACUUCGCCUUCUACCCCACGACGAAAACGAGAACAACCACCGCAAAGUGCGAGAUCUACCUGCUAACAUUUUUGAAGAUCUUGGCAUGAAACUAAACCCAGUGCGGAUAAACAACUGGGUUCAGCUAGCCGGAUUUCUAGGUUUUGACCACGAUACGAUAGGGAUUUUGAAAUUAAAGCCAAUAACUGCAACUCAAGAUUUAUUAUCGGAUUACUCUGUUCGUCCGGAUUCGACAGUUUUUCGAUUGUAUAACGCAUUGAUAAACAUUCAGAGGUCUGACGCUGCGGCUUUAGUUGAACCAUUUAUUUAUUUAUAGACAUUAUUUUUCUUUUUGAAUAGUUUUUAUAACUUAUUAUUUCUAUUAUAAAAGUUCGAAAGAACUUUAAAACUUAGAUUUUAACUUUGGUAGCUACACACUGGGGUUUAUCAGUCUCUUUGUAUCAAUUUGAAAGUCGGCGAACGUAUAUGUAGCCAAAAGGCGUGGGAACAAGGUUUGUGAGUUAGACUAUUGAUUACGCCAUUGUUUUAACUUCGUCCCUAGUGCCCUUUUUUCGAGCCUUUUUUAAAUGCAGCUAAAACCACCUGGAUGGAAAGGUUAGAUUCUUUUUUGUUGGAGUUUUGUUUCUAUGAUUUUUGAGCUUUUAAAGGUCAGUAAAGGUAUCCUUAAAGUCCUAUCCACACCAGGCAGAAUAAUCCGUUAGGAGCGGAGUUUUUAAAGGUUUUGAUAGACUGGUGGAACAUACCUUGCCGCAAACAGUAGAAUUGAUUUCUAUUUUUCGGAAAUUUCCGCCAGCCAGUCAAAUUUAUUUUGCUCGAGGUAUUUCGAAUAGUGGAGAUUAGCCUGACGGGAUAAGGACGUGACCAAUGUUCGUGUUUUUGUACCCGUGACCACUAUUUAAGUGUAAAUUUUUAUGAAAAACUUUAUAUAAUAUUUUAUCCAAGAUAGUCUUAAAAACGUUUUGUUUAUAUGUAACUUAAAUUUACAUCGUGUGGAAAUACCUUUAUUCGUACUAAUUUUCAUGCAGUAGCGGUGAGAUAUAUUUUUUCUGUGUUUCAUUUUUUGCGAUGCUGCAAGGAGGAAAAGGAGAAGUUGUUUUGAGUGAGUGGUUCGAGAGUAAAGGGGAAGUAUCAUUGUUCGUGUUUUGUGUCAGAUUUUAGCAAAGUUAGCAAAGUGGAAAUUAGUACGAAUCAUAGUAAUCAUUUUUUUAUUAAAAAGAAAAGUCUUACAAUUUUGAA